CCAGAAUGGAGAUCAAGUUGACCGACACGUUGUUGUCCGGGGAGAAGAUGCCACCUCUGUCGCGGCCGUCCGCGCACCUCCGAAUUUCUGCGUAUGUGAUUGCAUUCAGUUCGUUCCUAUGGGGCUACGCUUUCACCGUUCUGAAUGUGUGCAUUGCCGAAAAUGCCAAGGGCUCGAUUCUGUUGGAUUUCAACCUCACCGAUGCGGAAAUCGAACUCGCGUCGUCGCUUGUGUUGAUUGGGGCAUGGUUCACAGCCGUCGCAACAGCCUCCCUCGUGGACACGUACGGUCGGCGGCGCGCGCUCCUGGCGAACAAUGUGUUGUUCAUUGUUGGAGCUCUGCUAUGUGCGCUGGCCACCACAAAGGAUACGAUCUACAUUGGUCGCACCAUCAUUGGGUUCGCAUGUGGCAUCGUCACGAACGUAACCCCAAUUCUUCUUGCAGAGAUCGCGCCGACGCAAAUUCGAGGCCAAAUCACGACGCUGCAUCAGUUGAUGCUGACCAUUGGGAUACUCGGCUCCUCCCUCUUGGGAUAUGCGCUAGUCACGUCUGUACCAUCCGGCUGGCGAUACGUCAAUGCCUUUGUGGCCGUACCUGCUAUCCUUCAGUGCAUGCUAAUGCCGUGCAUCCCCGAAAGCCCUCGCUGGCUGCUUAGUCGCAACCGCACCAACGACGCAAAAACUCAACUCCGAUCGUUGCGUCACAUUGUCUACGAGACCGAGCUCGACGAAGAAGUCCAGGAGAUUCAGCUGGAUCUGUCGUCUGCGCGAGACCACGACCAAAAGAAAUCGAACGUGGUUAGCUUGUGGCGGUACAAGAAAGCUAUGAUCCUGGGAACGCUGUUGGUAUUUUUUCAGGCAAUGACUGGAAUCAACACAGUCAUGCUGUACUCGUCCAAGAUCUUUCAUUUUGCCGGCGUCGACAACUCCGUCAUGGCGACGGCGUCAGUAGGAACGAUCAACGUGUUGGCGACGGUCGUGUCGGUGGUGCUAGUGGACACAUGUGGCCGCAAGAUUUUGCUCCUGCUCAGCAGCGGCAUGAUGGCUGCCAGUUUGGGCGUGCUCAGUUACUCGCUGUUGACAUUGAGCGGCAGAAUCCAGGGGAUCCUGGCCGUCGUGUGCGUACUUGUGUUCGUCGCUGGAUUUGCCAUUGGGCUCGGCGCUGUCAUAUGGUACUAUUUGCAGCGGAUCUGUUCUUUUUUGUAGCUCACUUGGUUUGACAGGGUGGUGCUCGGAGAACUCACCCCCAGUUCCAUUCGCUCCCGCGCCAUGGGGUUCUUCAUGGCCGUAAGCUACGCGUGUAACAUUUUCGUCGCCACAUGCACCUUGGGCAUCAUUCAAGCCCUUGGGACGGGACCUGAUGUGACCAAAAACGGGAUUGCCAAGCUGUACUUGAUCUGUUGGUGCGUUGCUUCAUGUCAUGUUGACUACUGUGCUCAUGUAAAGAUAGCGGACUGGCUGUCGCUUGCUUUCUGUUCAUCUGGGGAUACGUGCCAGAGACGAAGAAUUUGACCGCCUUGCAGGUCGCCGAGACAUCGGACGUGACGGUAGCUCC